AUGGCUAUUGGUGAAGUGUUUAUAGGGGCUUUUAUCACUGUUUUGCUCGAGAGGCUGACCUCUCGGAAGCUGCUGAGAUUUCUUCAUCCCGCAGGAAUCGAUGCCCAUUUGAAAAAAUGGUACAGAACGUUGUUGACGAUCGAGGCAGUCCUUAACGAUGCAGAAAACAAGCAAACAUCGAAUAGAGCUGUGAAAGUGUGGCUGAAUGAUCUGGAGGAAUUGGCUUAUGAUCUUGAUGACUUGGUGGAUAAGUUGAACACAGAAGCUCUCCACCGCGAAUUAAAAGAAACUAAUGAAACAAGCACCAGCCAGGUUAGUAUGCUCAGAUUGGUGAUGAAUGUGAGGGGGAGGCGUGAUAGAACAGUAACAAGAUUACAACUGACUUCGGUUGUGCUAGAAUCUCAAGUGCAUGGCCGAGAGAAGGACAAAGAGGAUAUACUCAACAUGUUGUUGGGAGUUGAAUCAACUGAUAGUCCAUUUUCCGUAAUUCCAAUUGUGGGCAUGGGAGGUGUUGGGAAAACAACUCUUGCCCAGCUAGUGUACAAUGAUGAUAGAGUAAAGGAGGAGUUUGAUCUCAUGGCAUGGGCUUGCGUUUCAGAUGAAUUUGAAGCUUUUAGGGUAACAAAAAUCAUCCUUGAGACAGUCUCAUCUCAAAGGUCUGACUAUGAUGAUUUUAACAUGCUUCAAGUUAAACUAAAGGAAAAGCUUUCAAACAAGAGAUUUCUAGUGGUUUUAGAUGAUGUUUGGAAUGAAAGCUAUGGAGAUUGGGACAUCCUACGUCGUCCUUUCUUCAGUGGAAAACCAGGAAGCAAAAUCAUUGUCACAACUAGACAAGAAAGGGUGGCUAAGAUCAUGUCUCAAAUCCCAGGAUAUCAUCUUUCUGUGUUAUCAGAUGAUGAUGCUUUAUCACUGUUAGCUCAACAUGCACUUGAUUCCAAAACUUUUGAUGAACACCCACAUCUGAGAGAAGUUGGCACUUCUAUUGUGAGUAGAUCUAAAUUUGUUGCUGGUGAUAAAUGUUUGAGGAUGGACGAAGUGUUGAAGGAAAAUCUUCCCAGAAACAUUUCUGAAAAUGUCCGUCACUUUUCAUUCAUUCGUCAUCAAUAUGAAUCUUACAAGAGAUUUAAUUUUGUCAGUCAAAUUCAAAGAUUGAGAACAUUUUUGCCCCUACCGAUUGAGAGGAAGUAUUUUGAAGAAUUCUUAUCCAAAAGAGUUUUGCUCGACCUUUUGCCAAAUUUGUAUUGCUUAAGAGUGCUAUCAUUAAAUGGUUUUUCUGUAUAUGAGUUGCCAGAUUCUGUUGGUGAUUUGAGACAUUUAAGAUAUCUGGACUUAAGUGAAACUUUACUGAAAUGGUUGCCUCUAUCUGUGUGCACCCUUAUCAACUUACAAGUGUUGAUUCUAAGAGGUUGUCCCAGACUGACCAAAUUGCCUGCUAGCAUGGAACAUCUGAUUAAUCUUUACCAUCUGGACAUUGUUAAUACUAAUAAUUUGCAUGAAGUGCCUCAAGGAAUUUCUCAGCUAGCAAGUUUGCGAACGUUAUCUAAGAUGAUUGUGAGUAAAAGUAGCGGGAUGAGGUUAAGGGACUUGGGGAAUCUAUCACUUCUACAAGGUGAAAUUUCAAUUCUUGAAUUGCAAAAUGUGGUGAAUGUCCAAGAAGCAAUUGAUGCGAAGCUAAUUUAUAAGCAAAGACUUAACAAAAUAAGGUUGACAUGGAGCAACAAGUUUGGUGAUUGCCGGAAUGAAAUUCUGGAAUUUGAGGUGCUUAAUGCAUUAAGGCCCCACGAAAGCUUAUCAAGUCUUGAAGUCGAGUGUUAUGGUGGUGCCAAAUUCGCUAGUUGGAUUGGAGAUUCAGCAUUUCUUAAGUUAGAAAAGAUAAGCUUCAAUUUUUGUAGAAAGUGCACAACGUUGCCAUCAUUAGGGCAAUUACCUUUACUAAGAGAAUUGAGCAUUCGAGGAAUGGAUCAAAUUAAAGUAAUCGGAGCUGAUUUUUUUGGAAAUAAAGACAGUGGAGAAUUACCUUUUCCAUCGCUAGACAGCCUAACUUUUGAGGAUAUGCCAGAUUGGGAGGAAUGGCUUGGAUUAGCACAUGAAGAAGAAGGUAUUAUAGUACUUCCUCAACUAUCUAAAUUGUACAUAAGAAGAUGUCCCAAAUUGUUCAAGCUUCCGAUUCUCUCACUGCCAUCUCUUUGUGAACUAGAAGCACGAGAGUGUAAUGAGGUUGUGCUAAAUCAUAUGCGAAAUUUGGAAUCUUUAACCCAAUUAAAGUUAUGGAGAAUUUUCGGAUUAACUUCAGCUUUCAAAGCAUUUGUACAGUUUCCCUUUGCACUUAAAAAUUUUGAAGUUUCUGAUUGUGAUGACCUUUUGACUCUAUGGCCAAGGGAUAAUAUUGAACAAAACCUAAUAAGCCUAAAACAAGUAUUUGUUGCUAGAUGUCCUCAGCUAUUGUCCCUUCAAGAGAUUGGUGUUCUUCCUGUUAGAUCCGUUAAGAUAUGGAGUUGUGGAGCUCUGGAGUUGUUGCCCAAUAACAUUUCUUGUCUAGAGUUGUUGUAUAUCAGCAAUUGUUCAUCAUUGAAUAUGAUGACGACACUACUGGAUUGUAGUACCUCACUUGAACAUCUCACUAUUGGAAGUUGGGCGAAUUUGAAUUUGACAACUUUGCUGGGUUCUGUUCGUAGUUACUCAAGUCUCACUAUGCUGUAUAUAGAUGAUUGUAAUGGUUUGGAGUCGUUUCCCCAUGGAGGCUUGCCCACUCCCAAUUUGAAAUCUCUUUUGAUCGGUGAUUGUAAACAUCUCAAGUCCUUACCCAAUAGUAUGGAAUUACUUUUGUCCCUUGAAUCGCUGUCUGUGCGCAAUUGUCCUUCACUAAUUGAGCCCUUUCCACAAGGGAAUAUUCCCCCAAAUUUGACAGACCUUAUAGUUGGUAAUUGUGGUACUCUAAAGCCCUUGGGGGAGUGGAACCUACACAAACUCGCCCGUCUUGAUACAUUUGGACUCUUUGGUGGAUAUCCAGAUUUGGUUUCCUUUUCUAACGAUGAUGAUGAUUGUCAACGCUAUUUACUUCCUCCAUCUCUAACUUUCUUGACAUUGAGUCACCUGCCGAAUCUGGAAACCUUAUCAAAGGGCUUCCAAAACCUUACCUCUCUUCACCAUUUACAGAUCUCUGAUUGUCCAAAACUUGUGUCCUUGCCUAUGGAAGAUCAGCUCCACAACCUUUCAAGACUUCGUAUUGGUGGAGACUGCUCACUUCUUAAGAAACGAUUCAUGUCCAUGAAUUCUAUCAGAUCAUCCAGGACUCCAGGCGUGCUUUCUGUAGUCAUGAUGGGUCACAAAAUCAUGCUGUGUUUAGUGGUUGAUCAGUGGAGGAAAUGUCGUCGAAAGCAGGGUUCUUGA